CUUCCCCCCAUCAAUCCCCGACCAUCACCGGCUCCUUCGGGCAGCCACACCCAGCUCCCCCGCUCUGAUACCACCGUGCCGGCAUUGAACUCGUCGCCGCACCUAUGAGCGCGGCCGUCCUCUACAAGUCUGCCCGCAAGCAGGUCGAGCAGCUCAAGCUCGACCUCGACAAGCUCCUGACCGGCAAUGAUACCUCUCCGGGACACAUGGGCGCCAUCACCUCGACGCUGACAACGCUCAAGAAGACCUCGGACGAUCUGGCGGACAUGGCCAAGAGAGAGAUUACCCUGGAAAAGCGCGAGCUGGCAGCAACUCGGUCGCAGGAGAUCCGGACCGAAUACCAGAACCUGAAGGGCCAGUUCGACCAAUUCAAGCAAGAGUAUCAAAAGAAGCGGGAAGAAGAAGAGCGCACCAUGUUGAUGGGCAGCGAGGCCGCCUCGGCAGUGCACCAGCGUGGACCCACCAAGUUCUUCCAGAAUGGCAACAAUCUGGCGCAGCUUUCGCUGGAUGAAUACAUGGCCCAAGAGAGCGGCGCGCUCAACAACGUCGGCAAUCAACUCGACGGGCUGAUCAACUCGGGCCGGGCGGCGCUGCAGGAACUCUAUGAACAAAAGUCGAUUCUGAAGGGCACACAGCGGCGCAUGCUUGACAUUGCCAACUCGCUGGGCCUCUCGACGACCUUGAUCCGGUAUAUCGAGCAGCGGACGGCCGUCGACAACUGGAUUCUGCUUGCGGGCAUCGUCGUCUCGGUCAUCAUCAUGUGGGCCGUCGUGCACUGGCUGACAUGAAACAACCCCAGGGGUCGUGGGGACAAUAGAGCACCUCAUGUCAGAUCGUCCACACACGCCUCGCACUGUCUGCAUCGCAGGCAUCAUCUGUGCUGUCCAUGUCGUCCACAACAUGUCCAUCUGCAGCACCAAAGUCGUCAACACCGCUACCCGCUGGUCGCUCCAGCCAGAGACGUGA